AUGAUGAUAUUAGCAUUAAUAUUUAUGUUCUUUCAAUCGUCAUUCGGCGCACCGAACUAUGCGCCUGCAAAUAAAACAAUAGCAAACUACAGCCCAGAGGAAUUGCUCUCUGAUAUACCGGAUUCUAAUGAAACCAUCGCCAGAGCUGGGUAUGGAUUACUAGCUAUAGAAAAUGAUCAAAAUUUUAAAUAUAACGAAAAUGAUGGAUAUAAUACACAUAGAAUCAAAUUUAAUGAUGCUACUGAUGAAGAUGGUCACUUUUUUGAUAACAAUGAAGACAGUCAAAAUGUUAAUAAUUACAAUUUACCAAAAAGAAAACGUAGACGAAGGAAACCGAAACAGAAUUACAUUGGCUUAAAUGAUCCCGGAACUCAAUACUACGCCCCCGGUAGUGGACUAAACCGAUAUCCUUAUAAGGCAGAACAAAACUACGCAUCAUCAGCCACCUCUUCAUUCUUAUCAUCAGUGAGUAACGCGUUAUCAUCUAUCAGUGAGCACGAUGAUCGUCAGUGUGUGGCCCGGUUACUGUGCGAGGCGGUCAGUGGGUCGCCAGCCUCCUCGCUGUUCGACAGAGUCUCAGGGUUACAACCCCUAUUGACCCUAGUAGCAGCAUACAGCGGUGUUCAGUCUUCCCCGGUUCAAAUGUUCGGGCGGGCGCUGCUGGUAGGAGCCUCCCGCAGUAAGGCCUCGUGUAUUGCCGCUCAUCCUCUCUGCCCUACGGACACAGAGGAACUAGUCCAUUACCUCAACAACCAUAAUGGAGAUUUUUUCAACGCACCAGACCGGCAGAACUUUGAACAAAUCAAUAACCAGUUACAUCAGAACCAAAUGUACAACCAGUAUUAUGGGUUAUACGGUUCACCAAACAAUGGAUUGUACCGACCAAGUCUCUAUACUCCAGGACAUCAAUAUGGAUUUGCUUUUCCAUAUAGCAACGAUAAAUAUGGAAAUAGAAUACAGAAGAGAAUACAGAAUAAUCCUAUUAGAGAAUAUGAGAAUUUUCAUCAGAAAACACAUCGAUGGACAUUUCCCGACAUUAAUAAUAAUGAUAUUAAUAAUUUUAAUCAUAUUAUAAAUACAUUAAAAUUUCCGUACGAUGAAUCAGAGGGUAGUCAUAGAAAAACUAGAGGCUUCACUUUUCCUUCUUAUAAUUAUGUAUCUGGAAUCGAUGGGAAUUUCUUCUCAAACGCUUACAAACCAACUUAUAAUCAGUUUUCAUACGAUGAAAGUCAUCACAAAAAGACUUCUCAUAGAUUUGAAGGUUUUCAGACAGUGUACGUCGUUAGAGGCAACGGGGAUCCAAAUUACCCUGAGGUUAUACAUCUCAGACCUGGUCAGAGUGUUCACUGA